AUACAACUAAAUAUUUAAAUACAUAUCAAUCCGAUGCAAAAUCGAACUCAGUUGAAGUCUGAUAUUAUAAUAUCUUUCGGAUUUUAAAAGAGACAUUACUAAGAUGCAUUGUAACCGGCUCUUGAUGAAGUAUAUACAAAUUGAUAUAUUGGUGAUCCUGAUAAGCCUAAAACAUGGAAAUGGAAACUACAUAGGUGGACGUGGUCGCGAAUAUCCUUCGCAGAGAAAUGGGAAUAAUAACAACGGGAUCAAAAGUGAAGAUACGUCAGACUUAGUGAGUUCCGGCGGAGUGAGGGAGGUCGGGGAAGUGUUUGUACCAAAAACAUUUUCGCUGAGCUCACAAGAGCCAACAUGCGAACAGCUUCGUGCCAUGUGGAUAUUUUCAAAAAGGCAAUCUCGAGCUGCGGAAAUUACAAACGAAAUACCAACAUAUCGUGAUCCCUUUACAUAUAAUGUUUGGGAUCCCCUUUAUUCAAAUUCACGAGUUCUGGGAUCAAUUCGGAUGGGUGCAAGAGAACGUGCACGGUCCCCUGUGUUUGGUCGUGUCGUAAGCCGAGAACCUAUUACACCGCAACGUAUGACCUUUGAGCAGCGUCAGCGAUUUGUAGACUUCGGAUCAAGUGGCAGUAGCAGUCCAGUCCAACCUCGAUUCUAUGGGGCUGAAGGGCGUCAGCAAAAUGCAGGCACACGUAGGUCAAGUAAAAAUAGAUACAUGGGAGUUCCCAACGUUACAGGAGCUAGUUUGAAUGGAAACCAAAACUCAGUUGCUGUACAGGGCAGCUUUCAGAAACUUAAAGAGCUAAUAUGGACGGAACGUGCUAAGGAGCUAACGCAGCAACGGCGAGAUGAGGAGUUAGCGGCACGAGCAGCCGCUCUUAAAGAAAUUGCUAACGGUCAAAACAUUCAGUCGUCUUACAAGCCCCAACCCAUUAGUCCCUCUGAUUCUAUUCUAAUGGAUGAAAAUCGAAGUCCAGACGGAGGCAGCUACCAAUAUAGCAACAAUAAUCGCAUGUCAAUUUUAAGCGGGCAACCCCUUGAAAACAACAAAAAUAAUAAAAACGAACAUAGACAUCGCGUCCGAGCAACCACACGUCGAAUUGGUAAUACUAAUGUCGCUCUGUACAAUGGUAAUGCUAGACAAGCCCAUAAGGAAACCGAUAGUACUUUCCCUGGAAAUUAUGCUACAGCUCAAUCAGGCCGCGGAUCCCGCAUCCAAAUCCCUGCUACAAGCUUAUUUUCAAGUGAUUUACCAGAUAGAGAUCAUUCUGUUAUUGGAAUUCCAAGGACCUACCCUGUUCGACCGUCCCACUUCAGAGAACGAAAUCGGUCCUUGCUAAAAGAGCAAACACCCAAUGAGCACUUCCAACGUUUUAUACGAGGAUUGAUGACAUGGCCAUUGAAAAGCUCACCACCUACAGAACUACAAAAAGAUCAAAUAGACUCCAAUGGAAACAAUAUUAACCAAGUGGAUUUACUCGGCCUUCACUCUAAGUCUAGUUAUGUCAACUAUUUAUCUGACUUAGUGAAUGACAUUCAGUUACAAUUCUUAACCCAACAAAUACAGAAAAGUGAACCAUUUCAAAACGAAUUCUCCGAAUACGUCAGUUAUUAGUGAAAAAACUUAGCAAUUUAAUUUCGAACUUAACUUACAUAUGUAUGUAUAUCGAAUAUGCACACUAUUUACGAAUCUUUUUUUUAUUGUAUUUAAUUAAAGUUCCUUAUGGUUAGCAUUAACUAGAAAAAAAACCUAUCAUUAUGUUUAAAUUUAUUCUAAAAUUGUGUAAUUGUAGUUUGUUAUCAGUACACAACAUCAUUAAGUUAAAAUCGUAGACUUACCAACAAAUCCUUGUUUAGUUUAAUCAUACUCAUAUUUCUUUACGUCAACAAACAAAUCUUCAGAUAUGCAUAAAUAUUAAUCAUGCAAAGUGUGCAUUGAAAAGUAUAGUCAAUUUGAGUAAAAUAGUGAGAUAAUGCACAACAUCAAGCGAAUUUAAGUUUUAUUUGUUUUUUCUUAUGUUCGUACAUUUAUAUGUAUGUAUGUACAUACAUACAUAUGUAUAUUAUUGAUGUCCAUGCAUAUGAACGGAUAAAUAUACAUACAUACAUACAUACCUACUAUCUUGUAUACAAUAAGAGGAUGAGGUUUGGAAAUAGCCAAAUGCUUCCAACACAAAACAAUCAACACUCAUACAGUAUAGUUAUGAUGGCAUUAAGGCAGAGUCCAGGGCUUAUCAUAUCAUCAAGUUGCUUACAAUCAUAAACAUGUAAAGAGCCAAAUUAAAAUAUAACAUUAGUGACUCACACCGAAGUACCUACAUGAGGAUAAUACAAAACAAAAACUUUACUAAUUAGUUGUGGAAAACAUAUCACGAUAUAUAAAAAACAAAAAGACAAACUUUUUUGAAAAUUAUAAAAAAUAUAUUUCAUGUAAGAAAAUGCGUUGACUACAAAACCUACAAUCAGCAUUAUAACGUAACAUUUAAAAGGCUUGACAGGAAAAUAAUCAUAAUUAUGCGAACAAAAUCAUACCCAAUUAUUAUAUUUCUAUAUGUACAUACAUAUGACAAAUGACACAUUGACACUUAUGUAACAUAUCGGACUUUACAAACACAUUCUUUCAAUUGGAAGAUGCCUAUUAUUUCAAUGGAUAUUUAGUCACAUAA